AUGUCGCAACUCGCUCAGUACAAGAAGGAUUUCCUCAAGUCUUGCCACGACGGCGGAAUUCUAAAGUUUGGAAGCUUCGAGCUCAAAUCCAAGAGAAUCUCCCCUUACUUCUUCAACGCCGGCGACUUCCAUACUGCUCGCCUCGCUGGCGCAAUCGCCAAGGCUUUUGCCCUCACCAUCCUCGAGGCUCAGAAGAAUGGCCUUGAAUUUGACAUUGUCUUUGGCCCCGCUUACAAGGGUAUUCCACUCGCCACGGCCGUCACCAUCAAGAUUGGUGAGCUCGAGGCCGCCAACCUGGACAAGAUUUCCUACUCGUUUGACCGCAAGGAGGCCAAGGACCACGGGGAGGGCGGCAACAUUGUCGGUGCUAGCCUCAAGGGCAAGCGCGUCUUGAUUGUUGACGACGUCGUGACUGCUGGGACUGCGAAGAGGGAGGCUAUCGAGAAGAUCACAAAGGAGGGUGGAAUCGUUGCCGGUAUCGUGGUGGCUCUCGACCGCAUGGAGAAACUCCCAGCCGCCGACGGCGACGACUCUAAGCCCGGCCCCAGCGCUAUCGGAGAAAUGAAGAAGGAGUACGGCAUUCCCAUUUUCUCUAUUGUGACACUGGACGACGUCAUCGACGGCAUGCGCGGCCUCAUUUCCGAGGAGGACAUCAAGAAGACUGAGGAAUACCGCGCCAAGUAUAAGGCCAGCGACUGA